AAAGCCAAGUGUUGCAUGCAGCUGCUGAAGGCAGGAAAAAGGCAGAGCUUACACCCAAGAAAAGUCAAGCCAGAGAAGGGAACUGCUGCUAAUUGCUUGUGCUGCUGCUCCUUAACAAAUAUCAGAGAUGAAGUGACUAUCCUGGUAGGGAAUAACCAUUACUGCCCAUUGUAUCGAGAGCAAGGCUAAAGGAUAAAAGUUAAUUAAAUAACACACGUCAGGAAGAAGAAAGGAUCUUCUGGUACCCAUCAUUCUAAUAUGAGAUUUCAAGGAGGUGUGAUGAGCUCAGACAUGUUGCUGCUGCUUUGGAUAACUGUAGGUGCAUACUUUACUCCUACUGCAAGUAGGUUUGCAGAAUUUACAAGCUCAAGAGGACCCAGGCAAUUUGUAUCAUCUCCAAACACACAUGGUUUAUGUCGAUAUGGAACCAAAACUGAAUGCUGCUAUGGAUGGAAACGAAACAGCAAGGGACAAUGUGAAGCUGUGUGUGAGGAAGGUUGUAAGCAUGGUGAAUGUGUUGGGCCAAACAAAUGCAAAUGUUUUCCUGGAUUUACUGGAAGGAGCUGCAGUCAAGAUCUGAAUGAAUGUGGUCUUAAGCCUCGUCCCUGUGAACAUAGGUGUAUGAACACUCAUGGCAGCUACAAGUGUUAUUGUCUUAAUGGCUACAUGUUGAUGCCAGAUGGCUCUUGUUCAAACUCCAGGACUUGUGGAAUGGCAAACUGCCAGUAUGGCUGUGAAGAAGUCAAGGGGGAGGUGCGAUGUUCAUGCCCAUCCAGCGGACUGCAGCUGGGGCCAGAUGGAAGAAAUUGUAUAGAUAUUGACGAAUGUGCAGCUGGAAAAGUUACUUGUCCUUUUAAUAGAAGAUGCGUGAAUACUUUUGGAAGCUAUUAUUGCAAGUGCCAGAGUGGUUAUGAAUUAAAGUAUGUGAAUGGCAGAUAUGAUUGUGUGGAUCUAAAUGAGUGCCUAAUGAAGACUCAUAAGUGCAGCCCUCACAGUGAUUGCCUCAAUACCCCAGGCUCCUAUAAAUGCCGAUGUAAACAAGGAUACAAGGGUAGCGGAUACCAGUGUUCAGCUGUUCCAGAUAAACCUGUGAAAGAAGGGCCUAAAAUAGUUGGAAGUGCAAAAGACACAAUAAAGAAACUGUUGGCACAUAAGAACGGCCUAAAGAGGAAUGAAGACAUAAAAAAUGUAAUACCUGAAUUGGUUGUAACACCAUCUCCAAAACCACGUCUACAGCCAUUUGACUAUGUGGAUGGAGUUUACAUAGGAGAACCUUACAAAGAGAAGGAAGAAGACAGAGAAGAGGAGGAAGACCAGGAUGACAAUGAAGAUGAAGAGGAUGAUGGAGAUGAUGAUGAAGAUGAGGAUGACUAUGAAAAUACAAUUGUACAAAAGAAAACACUGAGAGGUGAUGUGUUUGCUCUACAGGUUAAGGAGAAGGUGAGAGAAGAGCCUGCUUAUAGCCCACAAGCAGUAAAUGUAAAGGCCCUCCUGCAGAAAUCAGAAGAAAUGUAUGUUGACUGCAGCUUUGACCGUGGAGCUUGUGACUGGAAACAGGAAACUGAAGAUGAUUUUGACUGGAAGCAAACAGAACGAAGCCAGGGUACAGGAUUUUAUAUGUCAGUUCCGGCAAAUGUAGGUCUCAGGAAAGAGAUUGGACGGCUCAGCUUUCCAUUACCAAGCUUGAAGGCAGAUAACAAUUUUUGUUUGGCAUUCACCUACCAAAUGACUGGAGAAAGAUUUGGCAAACUGCGUGUGUUUGUGAAUGAGGGCAACAAUCCAGCAUGGGAAGAACACAAAAGUAGGGAUGAAAGAUGGAGGAUAGCAAAAAUUGAAAUACCCAUGGCCCACAACAGAACUACUCAAACUAUUACAUUUGAAGCUGAACGUGGAAAAGGAAAAGCUGGAGAGAUAUCGCUGGACAAUGUCUUCCUUGUCACUAGUCCAUGCCCUGAAGAUUGAACCUGAUGUUAUUUUAUAUAACUGUACUGUAUGCCAA